AUGGCGUUUUUACUCGGGGAGCAAAUAUAUCAAAUAAGUGGUCAGGGACCACCACCUUUAAAAGAUUUUUUCCAACUUGAGAUUACCAAAAAUGAGGUAAUUUGGAAAUCAUGGAAGAUUUCUCUGCGGCCUGAAUGGAGAGGAGCUCCACCCAGACAGCUAAAGAUGGUUCAUCACGAUUUUCUGCAUGAGAAGAUGCUGCAGCGUGAAGUUGAUGCUGUUUUUGGGCAGAGGAUCCUGGAUUACACAAUAUCACUCUGCCAGGGAAAGUUUGAUUAUCUGGAGCGCUUACCUGAUGGCAUAUUGCUCAGAAUCCUGUCCUACCUACAACUGAAGGACACAACACUGCUUGCACAGGUUUCACACAGAUUCAGAAAGCUUUGCAGCUCAGAGAAGUUUUGGGAGCAGACUGUGAGGAAUCGCUGUGCUGGGUUUUCUAGUGACAUGGAGGGCAUAGCCAGUGCCAUGGGCUGGAGGAAGACCUUUUUUGCCUUUUUCCACAAGAGCAGCAUUAAAAAACAGCAGUGA